AUGACAACGAUGUUCGUCCAACUGCGCCGCGUGGUGUACCUGUUGGUACUUCUGCACUUCUGUACGUGUGUGGCAUAUGCGCAAGAUGAUACGACCUCAACAAAGUCUAGGGAAAAGAGUAUCGAACAGGAAUUGAGUUUUUUGAGAGCUAAGAUGGAGGAUGAGAAGAAAAAAGUUGAGGUUUUGCGUGCGUCAGUAAACACCGUAAAGGAAGAAUGGAGUGAAGUGUCGAAGCGUGCUCAGAAUGCAACAACGACGGCCAAUGAAGUUAGAGACCUUCUUAUUGAUACUUCAAGCCGUGCUAUGAAUCCAACUGAAAAUGUGAAUGAGAAGAAGAGUGAAUUGAAAGAGGUGUUAAGGAAGGCAGUAGAUGCAGCAAAAGAGAUCACUGAGGCCGUUGACAAGGCAAAUUUGACAGCUGAAAAAAUAAAUAAUUUGACGGAGGAAAUUCAACAGGGGGAAGAACAUUUGCUUCAGGCGAAAAUGAAUGUUGAGUGGACUGCUAAUGAUUACAUUGAAAAAGAAUAUAAAACGAGUGUCUCAGGGGAAAAGGAAAAAAUAAAGCAAUUUUCUGAAGAGUGCAAGGAAAAAGCGAAGGAAGUAGAUACUUUCCUUCAGCAUGUCAAUGAGGUCACUACAAGUGCUCGCAGUUUAGCGGAGGAGGCCAAGAAACAGGCGGCAAAUGCCUCCGUUGCAGCAGCGGAUCUUCAGAAAAUCAUUAAUGAUAUUUUCGAACGACGCCCUCAGAUGAAAACAGAUCUGGAUCGUGAAAUUGAGGAGGAGAAACGAAGAAUAACUGAAACCGAUACAGCAAGUGAAGGUGAGAAACCACCACACAAUAAUAAUGCGUUGAACGAUUCACAUCCAAAUAAACAGAACGAAAAGGAGACAAAAGACCAGAAUACCAAUUCCACAGAAACUGAGACGGGAAACCAUGCAAAUGCCCAACAGCAGCAGAAUCAACAGGGCUCUGAGAAUCAAAAUGAAGAAGGCAAAGUUGAAACACAAGAGAAUAAUAAUAGCUCUCAGAGCAACACUCCAACACCCAGUGAUUCAUCUGCUUCUGGAACUUCGCCAUCACAAAAUACACCGACUAAUACUUCUUCAGUUUCAAUCCAUUUGAAUAUCUCUCAGUUAAGUGACAGCAGCAGCAGUCCUGCAUUGGUGCACAGUCCCUUAUUGAUGCUUCUUGUUUCGAUGUGUGUGCUGGGCUGCACUCUCGUUUGCUGA